AUGAGGUCUACUCGGAAACUACACCCGGAUGUCCGCCUACCUGUGCCGACCUUAACGGCCCGUUUUGUAUGGUUAUUGAAGAUAAGCCGUCGUGUCAAUGCAUUUCCGGUACGGUCAAUUAAGCUUAAUUGUAGCGCUAAUGAACGUUACUCGGAUACCGUAUCCGCAUGUCCCGCUUCUUGUGCCAACCCUAACGGCCCGUUCUGUAUGUCAAUCUUACGCAAGCCGUCGUGCGUUUGUAUCGAUGGUACGAUUCGCAACACCGUUAAUAAUCGAGUAAUGGGCGACUUAUACCUGUUGGACGACCGGAUGAGGGCCCGUAUAGAUCAGCUAUGCUCACAGCCUGUAUGGCACAUGCGUAUGGAAGUGCCCAUACAAGUGGUUAACACCGGUGAAACCAUGAUGGUCUGGGCAUACUUCAUACCUGAUUUUAAGCCCAAAUUAUUGACCUACGAUACGUUAGAUAACUAUACGAGUGUAAUGGCUAUGCUAUGGGGCCAGGAGUACGAUGAGACAAGCAGGGUACUUGAAAAUCAGUUAGCUAAGUUUAAGUCCCUGUGUUGCAUUAAGCGCUGCGAUUGCGAUCGAUGUCGGUUUAAUAAUAAUGAUUAA